AUGGACACAAACAUCCAGCCUAUCCUCGAAAAAUCGCUUGCGGGGGAACGGUUAGACUUUGACGACUGCCUCACACUCUUCAAGAGUCAUGAUCUCCUUGCUUUAGGGCACGCGGCGGAUGUUAUCCGGCAACGGAAGCAUCCUGAAGGUUAUGUUACGUACAUCGUUGACCGGAACAUCAACUAUACCAAUUGGUGCUAUGUUGAUUGCGAUUUCUGCGCUUUUUACCGCCAUCGUCAGGAUCCUGAUGCUUAUGUCAUGGAACGCGAUGAGUUAGGAAAAAAGAUACAGGAGACGCUCGACCUCGGUGGCGAGUUGAUUCUGAUGCAGGGCGGACUACACCCGAAACUCAAGCUUGACUGGUACGAAGACCUGCUCCGCUGGAUUAAGGCGAAUUAUCGCAUUCAUAUCCACGGGUUUUCGCCACCGGAGUUGGAUUGGUUCGCCAAGAUAAACCGUAUGUCGUUGCGCGAAAUGCUCAUCCGUUUGCAAGAUGCUGGCCUUGAUUCGAUUCCGGGGGGCGGCGCGGAGAUCCUCACUGACCAUGCCCGCAAUGAGAUUAGUCCCAAAAAAUGCACCGCUGACGAAUGGCUGGAAGUCAUGCGCCAAGGACAUCUCGUUGGACUCAAAUCGAGUGCGACGAUGAUGUAUGGGCAUGUAGAAAGUUAUGCCGAACGUGUUGAACACCUCGUCCGCUUGCGUGAUUUGCAAGAUGAGACGGGUGGGUUUACCGCUUUUAUCUGCUGGUCCCUGCAACCUACCAACACCCGUAUGGAACACAUUCCACCCGCUGGAAGUUUUGAGUACCUCAAAACCCUUGCGAUUUCCCGAUUAUUCCUCGACAACUUUAACAACUUCCAAUCCUCCUGGGUGACGCAAGGUCCAAAAAUUGGGCAGCUAUCACUAAAGUUCGGCGCGAAUGACAUGGGCGGCACGAUGAUAGAAGAGAAUGUUGUCAGCAAAGCAGGCACAGUCUACUGCAUGCCGAUUGAGGAGAUUGAACGGACUAUAUCGGAACUCGGAUAUAUCCCCAAACGCCGCAACUUCUUCUACGAAAUCCUUAAUAAUUAAUUACCACUUGAGCCUUCGCUCCGACAAAAUGUCGCGUCACAGGUUUGAUGUUUUCCCACCUGGAGUUUGAGAUGCUAAUACCCGUCCGAACAUCCUGUUAAUUACUACUGACCAACAACGCGGCGACUGUCUCGGCUUGGAUCCCGACGGACCGAACUGCCUACAAACACCAAACUUGGACUGGAUCGGUCAUACCGGCACGCAUUUUCGCCGCGGGUAUGCUGAAUGUCCGAGUUGUAUUCCGGCACGCCGCAGUCUGAUGACUGGCACCGCGCCCUGCAGCCAACGGUGGUGUAGGAUUUAGAGGUGCACAGUGGAACCCGCCGCAUACCUUGGCAGGUGAAUUGUCCGCAGCCGGUUAUCAAACCGAAAUGAUUGGCAAACUGCAUCUGAUGCCAGCGCGUAAGCGAUACGGCUUCGAUCAUCUCCAGUUGGCGGAUGCCACUCGCGGAGAUGACAACGACUACGUCGAUUGGUUGCAGCAAUACUACCACCGGAACGACGUUGAUCCUGGCAUGGCUCACGGUGUCUCCGCCAACGGAUGGGUCGGUCGCCCACAUCAUCUCCCCGAAGAACAGAUGCACACCUUCUGGUGUAUCGAUCGCUCCCUC